AUUGUCGAUCCAGUUGAAUCUGAGUGCUUUAGUAGAUUAUGCCUUUGUAAGAUCACGCUUUAAACGGCGGUGAAUCUCGACAGCGCACUAAAAUGAGAGGAACUAGGAAAUCUACGCUUAUGACUCCGGAUCCAUACCACAUACCGGGUUAUUGCGGUUAUUGCCCACAAUUCAAGUACCAAAUUGGCGAAACUUUCGGAAGAACAACCUCUCAGCUUUUGACAACAUCUAGUGUGGCUAGCUCCGGCAGGCCUGUACUGUCCGACAUAACUCCACAUCCCCGACCGCCGAAGGACAACAGGAGAUCUUUGAUAGCGGCGCGUUGCAAAAAUCUCGGCGAUCAGAAAUUGUGCGAUGAAAUGGUGCCAAACUACACAGGUUAUAUACCAAAAGGAGAGCAUUACUUUGGAAAACCUUACGCAGACACGUGUUUAAGCGCCAUUGCAAGUUUCCAGGAAGACCAAGUGAAAAAUAAUCGUAAGAUCCGCGACCUAAGAACAAUCGCAGAGUUGCAAAAAGGCAAAGACGUUCCCAAAGAAAUGCUAUCCAGUGAUACCUUGAUUACAACCAAGUACAAGACUCCGCUCAAGUCAAUAACUAUUCGACCUAAGGCGUAUUAUUCCCCAUUCGCCUUACAACAUUCACUUUCCCCAUUCAUAAUGAGUAACGACGACCCGAAGAAGUUCCUCAUGUCGGGAUACACGGGAUUCGUCCCGCGAGCUAGGGGUGAAAUGGGAAUGGGCUAUCCCUUGUUGACGAAUAAAGCGCUGUGUGAUUUCACGGUUGAAAGUGACAGGCUGAAGCGUGUCAAGGAGCUGCCGAUAACUGUCGAUCGACCCGAGAUCAAAAUCGUCGACACCAAGCCGAUUUACAUCCGAGGUUCGGGACAGGUCCCUCAUUACACUGGACACGUGCCAGGUGAGAAGUUCCGUUAUGGGAUGACAUUUGGGUACAGCACCCAGAACGCAGCGCCUAUGAAAGCCCUGACCGCCUAAAGACUUAACUUUCUGUGUUUAUGCAAUAUGUGUAUGAAAGAAUUUUGGUUAAAACUGAAGAAGUAAUGAAGAUAGUACCAAAUAUCUUAUCGACAGCCGUGCAAGUUUAAUUCAAAACAUUUAUUUUGUAUUCACGCAAAGAUCGCUAUCAUUUGGAUAAUCUGUUCAUGUCAAUAAAAAUUUUAAUAAGGAAA